AUGUCGGUCCCUCGUGCGCGGCUGCUCGACCUGAUGAGGGCUCGAUGUGAGCUCUUCGCGACCACAUUUAACCCCGACGGCAUCCGGACCGGCAACAAGAUCUUGCGCCAGAGACUCAAGGGGCCCGCGCUUGCCUCCUAUUAUCCCCUGAAACUCACGACCUUCCGAGACUUUCAAAAUGAGUUCAAGCCGCUAGAGUUGGAGGUGGAGAAUGAGGAGGAGCUCGACCGACUCGAGCAUAUUGCAGCUCUGAAGGCUCGUGGGAAGGGAGCGCCGAAAAAGAAGAGGACAAAAGUUGUCAACAAGAAGAAAUAA